AUGGCGGCGCGGAAGCCGGAAGUGUUGUCCUCGGACGCAGUCACAGAUUUGGAGUGGUAUGAGAAGGUGGAGGAGACCCCAACCGCCCAACUAGAACUGCUUGAGACCACCUCCGCCCACGGACCUCUGCACCCUUCAGAACACUUUUGCCCCAGAAACUGCAUGGUGCCGGUCGUUUUUCCCGGGCCUGUGAGCCAGGAAGGCUGCUGCCGGUUUACCUGUGAACUUCUUAAGCAUGUCAUGUACCAACGCCAGCAGCUCCCUCUGCCCUAUGAACAGAUUAAGCACUUCUACCGAAAACCGUCUCCUCAGGCAGAGGACAUGGUGAGGAAGAAACCUUGGACUGCUGCUGAGACAAGCAGCAAGAAAUGCCAACAAACCCUGGCAGAACUGGAGAGUGUCUUCAGCCACCUGGAGGGCUUUUUUGCUCGGACAUUAGUUCCACGAGUGCUGAUUCUCCUUGGAGGCAGUUCUCUAAGCCCCAAGGAGUUCUAUGAGCUCGACUUGUCCCGAUUGGCCCCUGGUAACAUGGAGCAGAGCCUGAACACAGCCGCUUGUGUGCGCCAUCUUUUCCGAGCCAUUUUCAUGGCUGAUGCCUUCAGUGAACUUCAGGCUCCUCCACUCAUGGGUACCAUUAUCAUGGCACAGGGGCAUCGAGACUGUGGAGAAGAUUGGUUUCGACCCAAGCUCAACUACCGAGUGCCCAGCCGGGGCCACAAACUCACUGUGACUCUGUCCUGCGGCAGGUUGCCCAUCCCAACCACGACCUGGGAGGAUUACAUCUGGUUCCAGGCACCAGUGACGCUUAAAGGCUUCCACUAG